GCUAGGAGGUUAGGGUGCAAACACCAGGCCCUAAGGAGCCGCUCUUUGGUCUGUGAACACCAUCACGACUUGAUUCAGUAGUAUUCUUCCACAAACCAGGCCAAAAUGGCCGUUGACGCGCUCUCCAGCGAGCUUGCCUUCAAGGCUCAUGUGGACGCUGCCAAGCGCGACUACAUUUGCGAGCCGCACCUUGAGUACCGCACUGUGGCUGGUGUGAGCGGUCCCCUGGUGGUGGUGGAAUGCGUCAAGAAGCCCAAGUACGCUGAGAUUGUGGAGAUCAGGCUGGGCGAUGGCAGCCUUCGCCGCGGUCAGGUGCUGGAGGUCGACGGCACUCGCGCGGUGGUGCAGGUGUUCGAGGGCACCUCGGGCAUUGACAACCGCAAGACGAGCCUGGAGUUCACCGGCGAGGUGCUGACCACGCCUGUCUCGCGUGAUAUGCUCGGCCGCGUGUUCAACGGCUCGGGCAAGCCCAUUGACGGCGGCCCCCCGAUUCUGGCUGAGCAGUUCCUGGACAUCACCGGUGCCUCCAUCAACCCCGCUGAGCGCACCUACCCCGAGGAGAUGAUCCAGACGGGUAUCUCCACCAUUGACGUGAUGAACUCCAUCGCGCGUGGCCAGAAGAUUCCCCUGUUCUCGGCGGCCGGUCUCCCCCACAACGACAUUGCCGCCCAGAUUUGCCGUCAGGCCGGUCUGGUGAAGCUGCCCGCGGGCCAGAAGAAGCACGGCCACGCCGGCGGCCAUGGUGAUGAGGACGGCGGCGACUCGUUCGCCAUCGUGUUCGCGGCCAUGGGUGUCAACAUGGAGACUGCGCACUUCUUCAAGCAGGACUUCGAGGAGAACGGCUCGCUGGAGCGCACGGUGCUGUUCCUGAACCUGGCCAAUGACCCCACCAUUGAGCGCAUCAUCACGCCGCGUAUCGCGCUGACCACCGCCGAGUACCUGGCCUACGAGUGCGGCUACCACGUGCUGGUCAUCCUGACCGACAUGUCCUCUUAUGCCGAUGCGCUGCGUGAGGUGUCGGCCGCGCGUGAGGAGGUGCCCGGUCGCCGCGGCUACCCCGGUUACAUGUACACUGACUUGGCCACCAUCUACGAGCGCGCCGGCCGUAUCGAGGGCCGCAAGGGCUCCAUCACGCAGCUGCCCAUUCUUACCAUGCCCAACGACGACAUCACCCACCCCAUUCCCGACCUGACGGGCUACAUCACGGAGGGCCAGAUCUACAUUGACCGCCAGCUGCACAACCGCCAGAUCUACCCGCCCAUCAACGUGCUGCCGUCGCUGUCGCGUCUCAUGAAGUCCGCCAUCGGCGAGGGCAUGACCCGCAAGGACCACUCGGAGGUGUCCAACCAGCUGUACGCCAACUACGCCAUCGGCAAGGACGUGGCGGCCAUGAAGGCCGUGGUGGGUGAGGAGGCGCUGAGCAGCGAGGACCUGCUGUACCUGGAGUUCCUGGAGAAGUUCGAGAAGAAGUUCGUGGCGCAGGGCCCCUACGAGAACCGCACCAUCUUCAACUCGCUGGACCUGGCCUGGUCGCUGCUGCGCAUCUUCCCGCGCGAGCUGCUGCGCCGCAUCACCGUCAAGACCCUGGAUGACUGGUACGAGCGCAAGGAGGACCACUAAGCGGCUGUUGCCGCGGGCCCUGAUUCGGGGGACCUGGUGCAGAGGAGUCAUUUUUGAUGGCGGGAAGGAGUGGCAACGAGUAGGCGGCGGCGGUUUGAUUUGAAGCAUUUGUGAAUGAUGGCUACGAGGGGUUGGCGGCUCUUCUAUGGGAGGAGGGCCAUGCAAGGUGUGAGUGAUGCGUGCGAAUUGAGCGAUGGGGACAAGGGGUGAGAGCGUACGUGAGGGAAGCAUACACUGUGAUGGGGAAUCUGUGCAGGGCCUGAGCGCCCUUCCAAUGAGUCCGAACAGUUUUGACGUUUGCCUCUUGGCAAUUACGCUGCACGGGUGCGCCGACAAGGAAUGGACGUGAGUGGGAUCGAGCACUUACACUGACUGUUACACCGCAUACACCGGAUACGUUUCCGGUUUCCUUCGACUGACGCGCUAAGCAGUCAAACACCUAAGCAUGACCAUCACGGCAGAAAGAAAUAGCUCGCAUGCUCCGUCUGGCAUAACCAUCCAAACCAACCAAACGACAAAGGUCACCGCUUCAAGAACAGAGUCCAGUUGAAGCGCCGCUCUUGCGUAGUCCACCCAACAACACGUCACAGAACCCUGCGCGUGGGUUUGUGAGCUCGAGGCCCAGCUGUAUCUACCCUGUGUUCACGUUGAUACCCAUCGCCUGUCAAGCCCCAACCUAAUAGCCUUCAGCUGCUGCCCUGCAGCCUUAAAAGUCGCGGUCUCUCUUUCUGUCGCAACCCUCCGCCCCCGCAGCAGUGCUGCGCCAGCUGCAAAGCGCCACAGCAUAUGUCCGGGGUGUCUUGCUCAAGAGCACUCCAAACGCGGGCAGCUGUCGCAGCGCAUUCAUGUGACCCAUGCUUAGCUCUCAGCUGGGCACAUGCCUGCCGGCGGUGCUGCUGAGCCGUCCGCUCAGUGCUGCGCGACGUCGGCGUACGUGAGGCGCUUCGAGAGGUCGAACAUGUGCGCCACGCCCUCCUCGGGGGUGCCCACCAGCACGCCGUGGCCCAGGUUGAGGAUGUGGCGCUGGCCGCCCCCCUUGCGCAGGCAGUCGCGCACGGCGUCCUCGAUGGCGUCCUGAAGCGUUACGGAGGGGAUUUGAGGCUACAAGUCAGGCAUUGUGCUGGAGCUGCUAGGCGGCGGGGCGAUGCGGUCAAUUGCGGG